AUGAUAAUAUAUGCUGGCUUGUACCAUGACAAUGUUUUGAAGAGGAAUUAUCAUAUUACUUCUGUGCACUCUCAUGAGCAUAAGAGUGGCUCCUUACCAUUGACAAAGGCUGUUGGGCUUUCAUCUAUAAAGGAAUUCUUAUCACAGAGCAUGUUGCCAUAUAAGGAAGGCUUCACCUGCCUCAUUGUGGACUGCCCUGUCUGCAAUUUGGGUAAAGGGAAGAAGAAAUCUGGGGAAACAUUCCCACUGUAUAUCAACAAUCUCACUGGUAUGUGGAUGUGCCCCUCGUGCCAACUCAAUGGGUCUUGGAAUGAUUUUUGUAACUUAAUUGCACUACCCAAGCCAAAAGCAAAGCAGAGAGAGUGGGUGAAGCAUGCAGAGAAGACAGAACCUGUACCUGAAGAAAUUCAGGCAUUAUUUGAGAAUUCUCAACCUAUCAAAGAUCUGACUUCUGAAGGUUUUUCUGAGCUGAUGAGGACCUUCAAACUGAAUCAUCAGACUCGAGAAGUACUGGAACGCCUAAAUGUACGAUAUGACAUGCAAAACAAGAAGCUGAUCUUUCCAUCAAUGUCUCCACAUAGCAUGAAAUCUCCUACAAAGGUGAGGGUUAUUUCUUCAGUUGAUGGGGGAGUUACAGAACAAUCAAUACCCAAGGACAGCCUCACCCUGAUAGGGUUGGAGAAUGCACUCUCCCAUGACACAGUUGUUUUGACCCUCUCCCUCCUGGACAUGAUUGCCAUCCAUCAAAUGGCAGACAUCCCAGCUGUCUGCCUUCCUCAGGGAACCAAGAAACUACCUCAGGAGGUGCUUCCUGCUCUGGAGCAUUUCAACAAAAUAAUCCUCUGGUUCCAGGAUGACAUUCAUUCUUGGGAGGCUGUGAGGGCAUUUGCACGCAAACUGAAUGAAUCUCGGUGCUAUUAUGUGAACCCAGCGACGUGGAAAUGGGGUCCUUUUCAAGCCAUGCAUAAAAAGGUGAACAUUCCAAAAAUUCUUUAUGAGGCAUGGCCAGUGGCUCACAAGUCCAUUGCUUCUUUCCCCAGCCUACGGGAGCAUGUGAAGUCAGAACUAGCAUUGGUUGAGCAGGUAUCGGGGGUAAAAUGGAAGCGGUUCCCCAUCUUGAAUCGGCUCCUUAAAGGACAUCGACGAGGGGAAUUGACUGUUUUCACAGGCCCAACUGGUGCUGGAAAGACCACCUUCAUGUCAGAAUACUCCCUUGAUCUGUGCCUUCAAGGUGUGAACACAUUGUGGGGCAGCUUUGAGGUUCAUCCAGUCCGUUUGGCAAAGAUCAUGCUCAUUCAAUUUGCCCAGCUAUCACUGGAGAAGCAUCCUGAGUGUUUUGAUGAAUGGGCAGAUAAGUUUGAGGACUUGACCAUGUAUUUCAUCAGCCUUCAUGGUCAAAACAGCAUCAAGAGUGUGCUGGAUGUGAUGACUCAUGCUGUGUAUGUUUAUGACAUUGCACACGUCAUCGUAGACAAUCUCCAGUUCAUGCUCGGAACUCCUGACGAUCAGCGAGGAAACUUUGAUCGCUUCUACAGACAAGAUUUGGCUGUUGCAGCAUUUCGCAAAUUUGCCACUCAGAACAAUUGCCAUGUGUCACUGGUCAUUCAUCCAAGGAAAGAGGGUGACAUGGAUGAAUUAACAACAUCUUCCAUAUUUGGAGGAGCUAAAGCAUCACAAGAGGCAGAUAAUGUCCUCAUACUGCAAGACCGGAGACUCUCUUCACUCAGAGGCAAGAAGUACAUUCAGGUGACCAAGAACAGAUUUUCUGGUGACCUGGGAAUCAUGCCUCUUGAGUUUGAUAAGGAAUCUCGGACAUUUUCAUUGAAGAAGAAGCCAAAGAAAGAUCAUCCUGAGAAGGAAACUGCGGAACCAUUGAAAAAGAAGAAGCGUCUAGACCCUGCCAUCCUCAAGGCAAGGGAAGAUAGGAGAAAGAGGAAGAUUGAAAAACAGAUUAGACGAUUGGAGAAGGUGGCACAACAAUACAAGCCAGUUGAUGAAUGUGAAGUCAGCCCUACCUUGCGCAAGGAAAUAAGCAUGAGAAAGAGGAAUGCUCCAAUGUCAGAAUCCGAAUUGGCAGAAGCUGCUCAGCUUCUAUGUGAAUGGACCCGGUAUCGAUGGAAAGAGUCAUGUGAUGAACUGAUCACCAUUGAUUCCAUAGUGUCAUCACGGCUGAAGGCUUUGGAAGAGCUCAGAAAGGAGAGUCCACGCCUUUAUGAAGCUGCCAUCCAGCUGGAUGAGAACCUGCUUCCAUACAAGGCAACAGGGCCUGUUGAAUCCCCACCUAUUGCUGGCUAUGAUCCCCCUGAUGGAGAAUACAUUGAUACAACCAAGAAUCUUCACAGCAAGAUGGCACACCGUGGAGACCUGACCCAAGAAUUAGAUUUCAUCUUGAAUGAGGAUGAAAGAGCAGAAUCUCAAGGUAGGGAGGAAGAGGAGGAGGAAGAGAUGAUGACAGCAAGGGAAGUGGUGGAUAGAUUGGAAGAAGCAUGGCUGAAUGAGAAGUGGAGCCCUGAACUCCUGGAGCCACAGAUGGAAUUGGUUGAUUGCAUGUUGGAACAGAUCACCCAGAUGGAGGAGAAUCUCAACCGGAUAAGUCGAAAGGACCUCCGAUACUCGGUCCAUCACAUGGAACUUCAGAGGAUCAGAUAUGUGGUAAGCAGUUACCUCAGGCAUCGACUGGAGAAGAUAGAGAAAUUUGCACCAGCAGCACUGAACUCUGAGGGUACAUUUCGAGAGCGCCUGUCAGAACAAGAGUUGAAAUUUGCCACUGAGUACACAAAGAGCAUAUCAUCACACAUGCAGUCGCUCGUGAUCCAGCACAUGCCACUGAAUCUUCAGGAGAUCCAGCCCACAAAAGUCUACCCGGCACCCAAUCGCAACCGGUUUGUCCUGGCCCAAGUGAAGCAGCAGUGCCCACGGGUGCUGGUGGACGAAGACGAAGGCGCCGAGGUCGACUUCGAUCCAGGAACGCAACACAUAGUCCAGUAUCGAGCUGUAUCUCAGUUGCUCAAGGAUGGAGCUGUCAAGCUGGUUUAAUUCCCUGUGAUCUCAAGUGUACUUCGAUCUUUUUAUCAUUUUCAUCCAAACUUUUUUCUUUAAAGUUUGUACAAAAGCACUUUAUUCUUUGUCUUUCACUUAUCAAUAUUUUGUUAUAAAAAAAAAGAGG